ACGUUUCAACUUCAAUCACUAUCGACAACCAUGUCGGACGAGGAGAUGAACAUCGAUGAUGUUGGCGGUGUCGUCCGUCGGAGAGGCCGCGGGUUCCAAAAGUCUGGCGGAGACGACGCCGCGGUAAGUGCUGAGCCGACGUAUGAUCGAGUCGACGCGACUACAGUGAACAGCGCUGCGGACACCAAAGCUGCGCGGUCCGUGGAGGGCUGGAUUGUUUUCGUCACGAACGUGCAUGAGGAGGCCACUGAAGAAGACUUAAUGGAUAAGUUUGGAGAGUAUGGGGAAAUUAAAAAUUUACACCUCAACCUGGAUAGGCGAACUGGCUAUGUAAAGGGCUAUGCUCUUGUUGAAUAUGAGACGCUGGCGGAAGCUCAAGCAGCGAUUACCAACGCGACUGGGUCGACGUUGCUUGAGCAGGACCUCGAAUGCGAUUUCGCGUUUGUUCGUCCACCGCCUUCUGGUCCGAAACAAGGUGGUCGUGGACGGGGUGGACGUGGACGCAGCGCAAGUCCGGGAAGAAGGCGAUGACUGCAUAUCUUGUUAGUUCAUUGGUGCUGUUCUUAUACUUGUGUUCGACCUCUUGUCGGAAUUACAACAAUGUCUGCAUUCGCCUUGUUCGUAUUUGUAGUGGCAGAAGCCUUACUUAAGACUGUAAC